CCAUCAUCGCUGCUGGCUGCUUAGAAACGCGCCCAACAUGCCCUUUAACACUGAACUCACGAGGAAGCUCGGCAUCAAAGUCCCUGUUGUGCAGGGAGGCAUGCAAUGGGUCGGCUACGCUGAGCUUGCGUCGGCCGUCAGUAACGCUGGUGGUCUUGGAAUAUUGACCGCCCUCACUCAACCCACGCCCGAAGACCUCCGCAAAGAGAUUCAACGAUGCCGCACCAUGACCAGCAACCCCUUUGGCGUCAACCUGACCCUUCUCCCGGCCAUGGUCCCUCCAGACUAUGGCGCAUACGCACGUGUCAUCAUUGAGGAGGGCGUCAAGAUUGUCGAGACGGCUGGAAACAGCCCGGGCCCGGUCAUCAAGCAGCUCAAGGCUGCCGACGUAAUAAUCCUGCACAAAUGCACUACCAUCAGACACGCCAAGGCUGCCAUCAAGCUGGGUGUCGACUUUCUGUCCAUUGACGGCUUCGAGUGCGCCGGCCACGUUGGCGAGACCGACAUUACCAACUUCAUCUUGCUCAGCAGGGCUCGCCAGUCGCUCGGUGUGCCGUUUAUCGCGUCAGGAGGCUUUGCCGAUGGUCACGGCUUGGCCGCUGCCAUGGCCCUUGGAGCCUGUGGUAUCAACAUGGGCACCAGGUUCAUGUGCACUGUCGAAGCACCCAUCCAUAACAACAUCAAGCAGGCCAUCGUAGAUGCCCAGGAAACAGACACCACCCUCGUGCUCCGUCGAUGGAAGAACACUUCCCGUCUCUUCGCCAACAAGGUGGCUCUCCAGGCCGUCGACAUUGAAAAGACCAGCCCAACCGGCAAAUUCGAGGAGGUUGCCGAGUACGUCAGUGGCAAGCGUGGCCGACAGGUCUUCUUGAACGGCGACAAAGACUUUGGUGUCUGGACUGCCGGCCAGGUUAUUGGUCUCAUCCAUGACAUUCCCACCAACGCGGAGCUCCUCCGCCGCAUUGAGCGCGAGGCUGUCGAAACAAUGAAGCGAACCCAGUCGCUGUAUAUCCCUGAGAACGAGAGCAUUGCCAAGAGCAAGCUCUAGUCGAGUAGCUAUUAGCCAUCGCAUUUGGAGCGCAUAAUCUGUAGACAAAGUAUUGAUUUUCACGCGUACAUGGUGUCAUGCCAAGAUACGAGACAUGUUCCACAUCUUCGAAGUCACUAUGACGUCUGAAAGCAGCACCACUACAUAUGUAUCCUUCAUAGAGCACCAUUUUCUGGAAACUAAGCACCUUUCUUAAAAUUCAUUCCUCG